GGCAAUGAGAACUGAAAUUAAUUACAGCAACUUCAUUGAAUAGCUUUGUUGACACACGUCAUGUGUUACAAGUUUACCAUAUGCAGCUUGUUAAAUUAUACGACACAUACAUUAAGAAUAUAAUUUUGAAGCUAAAUAUGUUGUCAGGAGAUCUGAAAAAUCACACAAGGACAUAGUGUUUUUUUGUUUGUUUUUGUUUUAUCAGUUUCUUCGUUUGUUUUUGUUUGUCUUGCAAGUAAGUCAGUUUUUAAACGCAGUAGCUCCAGACAACCAACAGGUUGCACCACUGUGGUUGGUGCUGAACAUUUGCAGGGCAGCGAGGGGUUAUUGACGUUCGGAAUAGGAAGCUCCAUUUUGUACAGUUUUGUGGCGGAUUCAGCUGGUUUCUUUCUCUGUUAACGCAGAGUGUUCUUGUUUGACAAGUAUUGGGCGCUCCCCCAUGCGUGCCUUGUAUACCAAGCUGUGGACAAGAAAAAAUAACUAUUCCGUGAGGGGCUUUGCUUCGAUAUGAUUGCACCCGUGGAAACUAAUGGACGAGAGUACAGAGUUUUAAUGGAGAUGAGAGUCUGAAACUUGCAAGGUUUUGUGACAGAGGAGGGAAUACAGCCUCCAGGGGUGGAGUAAGCACAAUGUCAACUUCCACAGAAUCCACAGUGGCUCAAGCGAGCACCAGUCUACACACAGUUGCCACUGACAUUUCCAAUGGAGUAGGCAGCCAUGCCCCCCAGAGGGAGCUUAUGACAGCCGUUUCUACCUCCAUGGGACUUUACAUGGAGGACACAGAUUCAAAAGUGCUGGGGAGUAACUUGGGAAUUCAGCAGCCGCAGACCCCAGGCAGUUUAACUUUAGGGGAAACCAACUUCACUCUACUGGAAGAGAGCAUCGCAAACCUAAACAGGUCCUCCGGCGGUAUCGAGUCGCUGAGCGCUGGAUCUGACCCGUUUACGUUGAAAUCUGAGGAUUAUUUGCCCAUGGAUAAGAGUGUUCUGGCUCUGGACCAGGAUUCCUUUGCACAGGUUGGGAAAGACUCCAGUGUCAGCCCAAGGUUCUUUAAUGAUGACCAAAACACGCUUGACCUCUUGCAGGAGUAUGAUUUGCCCGUCUCUCCGAAAGGAGAGAUGAACGGGAGCCCUUGGAACUUAAAUGCUUUCUAUGGCGAGGACGAUGACUCUUUGCUUUCCCCGCUGGUCACAGAGGACCUCUUUCUUGCGGAUAUAACUAAAGACACCAAACCAACAAUAAUAAACAACAGUAGCUUAAUAACUAAUAACAAAAACGGCGGGGAUCAACAGCUACUUAAUCCCCCUGUCCCCACUAUAAAAUUGGAGAAAGAGAGCUUCAUCGAGUUGUCCACACCUGGAGUAGUAAAGCAGGAGAAUGCAAGCAGGAGCUACUGUCAGAUGAGCGGCUCUUUAUCUGACAUGUCAAGCCCUCUUACUGUCCCCAUUUCUAUUUGUGGGGUCAGCACCUCUGGCGGACAGACGUACCACUAUGGAGUGAGUGCUUCUCAGGCUGUGAAUUUACAGCAGCAGGAUCAGAAGCCUGUUUUUAAUAUGUACCCACCUCUCACUACGGUGGUUGAUGGGUGGAAUAGGAGCCAAGGAUUUGGGGAAGCUACUGUGAGUCAGAUGGGGAAUGAAACCUUUUCCAUCCAGGGUUUGCCUAAUCCCAACUACCUAAGCCCUACGAGUCGGCAAGAUUCUGGUUCUUCUCCGGCAGCCUCCAAGUCUACUCACAAGACCUGUCUUGUGUGCUCGGAUGAAGCUUCUGGGUGCCAUUAUGGGGUCCUUACAUGUGGGAGCUGCAAAGUGUUUUUUAAAAGGGCAGUAGAAGGAUGGAGGGCUCGGCAAAACAUGGAUGGACAACACAAUUAUUUGUGUGCUGGGAGAAAUGACUGCAUCAUCGACAAGAUUCGCAGGAAAAACUGUCCUGCGUGCCGGUUUCGGAAGUGUCUGCAGGCGGGGAUGAACUUAGAAGCACGGAAAACAAAGAAGCUAAACAAAUUGAAGGGAAUUCAGGCGCCCGUUGAGCAAGCAACACCACUACCAGAUGAGCGGUCACAGGCGCUGGUCCCCAAAUCGAUGCCACAGCUAACGCCAACCAUGCUGUCUCUCUUGGAGGCCAUCGAGCCAGAAAUUAUCUACUCGGGAUACGACAGCACCAUACCUGAUACGUCCACGCGCCUUAUGAGCACACUGAACAGGCUAGGGGGAAGACAAGUGGUAGCUGCAGUAAAGUGGGCAAAGUCAUUACCAGGGUUUAGAAGCCUGCACCUUGAUGAUCAGAUGACCCUGCUGCAGUGUUCCUGGCUGUUUCUCAUGUCUUUUAGUCUGGGUUGGAGAUCCUACAAGCAGUCUAAUGGAAACAUGUUGUGCUUUGCACCAGACCUAGUCAUAAACGACGAGAGAAUGAAGCUCCCUUACAUGUUUGAACAGUGUGAACAAAUGCUGAAGAUUUCAAACGAGUUAGUACGACUUCAGCUUUCAUAUGAUGAAUACCUCUGCAUGAAGGUUCUGUUGCUGCUCAGUUCAGUUCCUAAAGAGGGUCUGAAGAGCCAAGGUGUCUUUGAUGAGAUCCGCAUGACCUACAUCAAGGAGCUUGGAAAAGCCAUCGUCAAGAGAGAGGAAAACUCCAGUCAAAACUGGCAGAGGUUUUAUCAGCUGACAAAACUCCUAGACUCAAUGCAUGAAUUGGUUGAUGGACUUUUAAAUUUCUGCUUCUACACGUUUGUGAACAAAUCACUCAGUGUGGAGUUUCCUGAGAUGUUGGCUGAAAUGAUCAGCAACCAGUUACCAAAAUUCAAAGCCGGGAGUGUCAAGUCACUUCUUUUUCAUCAAAAAUGACUGCCUUACAACAUGAAAAAUUGCCUUAAAUGAUCUGUGCUUGUUGUUUCUAUCCCUCUGACUGUCAUGCUUGGAGUAUAAUGCUCAAUUGAUUGUUUAGGCACAGUAUGCACUACAUGCGGUUUACAGAUGUCAGCUUGGGUGCUAAGAAUGUUGGCAGAUCAGCACUUGAAAAAAUAAUAAUUCAUUAGAUGGUGAUUUUGCUUUUAAACUGCUGGAAUGUUUAAUUGGCCAGAAUAAAAAGAAAACAUUGUACUUUUUUUUUUUUUCAAGAAUAUUUUGUAUAGUUAAACUACAGUAUAAGAUUUGAAUUUAUGCAUGCAAACUGAUAGAAGUUUACAAUUGUAUAUCAGAAAAGGGAAAAGCUGUGCCUUUUAUUUUUAAAAAGCUUUUGCCGUCCUGAUUUUCGCCAUUUUUGUAAUAGUCCACUGUCAGUAUGUUGCACACUGAGGGUUAUGCUUGCUUUCCUUAUUUGUAUAUAUAUAUUUUUUUAUAUUACUUGCACUUUUUGUGAUGAUUAACCUUUUGUUUUAAAGCCAUCUUGGUUUCUUUUGAAGUGGGGCAGCUGGAGAUCUGAAAUAAGUGAUCCUUACGCAUUAGACGUGAGAGAGGUUGUUUUUCCCUUGCUGCUUUGGUAUGUUUCGUUUCCCCAUGUUUGAUCCCCCACCAGCAUCCUGAUUUUUUCAGAUCCCAUCAUUGCAUUGUAUUCUAUAUCCAUGUGUGUAAAAAAAAGUUUUGAUCUCCUAUUCAUUGCACAACACAUGCUUGAUGAUAAAUUAAGCAAAAAUCAUUGCGUGUUGGGUGAUUUUAAAGCUGAUUUUAAAUUUCAGUGUUGAUGCACCGCCUCAGUGCUGUCUAGGCUGGCAGUUCUUUUAUUUUUUACGUCAUUGUUUUUUUUUCGCAUGCUAUCAAAGUUUUGUAAUUCUCAGGCAUCUGUUUUCUCUUCACCACCUCUAAGGCAAUGUUGCCUUUUAUAAAUAUAUCUUAUCCAGCACUGCUUUAUUACCAAGCAGCUCCUUGUUGGCUUAUUUGUUAUUGUCACUGAGACACACAUGUUUAUUCCAGUUAAGCCUGAUUUCCUUACUGUUUAAUUGGUAAUUUUGUUUAAUGUCAAUCCAUUUUUAGCAAUUGAAUGAAGGGGAUAUAUAAAAUAAAAAAUACAAACAGCAAUUGUGAUGCUGUGAUAUAUCAAUUGCAGUAUAGUGUUACUGUUAGUAUAUUAAUAAGGAUUUUAAGUAUCUUAUGAAAGCAAUUUACAUCCAUUACUUAAGCGUAUAAUGAAUGUUAGUGAAAGUUCUCUUAACAUCAAACUGGGGGAAAACAAGUAUGAAGCUUAUUAAUAUCAAAGAGCAGACAAAUGAUUCUAGCCUGUUGUUUUAAAGUGUGCUACCUAUCUUACUGGCAUGUCAUCGGUGUAUUCUUACAGCCAGCUGCAACAAGUUAGCAGACAGGUCUGUCUGUACAAUCAGCAUGGGAUUUUCCACCGUUUUUCACACAUUGUGCUUGCUCAAAUUCUAUAUUGGAGAAGAGAUGAGCGUUCAAGGCCUCUGUUGUUGAUGGUUUGCUAGAUUAAUUUCUGUAAUAAAUACUGGGGUCCGGUUUGGUUUGGACCUGUCUCAUCUCAUCCCUCCCGUUUCAAAUCUCGAGUGCCAUACAGUUUGUUACUUUUUUUUUUUUUUUAAUGUAUAUCAGAAACUGUGCUCGUCUUAACAGACUGCUUUUGUUAAAAACUGAAGGCUGCAGAACCCCCUUCAGCCUUUAAAUAACGCUUUAUCUUUCUAAACAGCUUACAAAACAAUAAGGCAGUCAUGUGAUCAAAAGGUAUGGUAAUCUGCUUUGCAAAACAGAUUAGAUUAUAUUCAUUUCAACAGUUUGGACUCUUGUUGCACCAUCUUACAGACGUUUGUAGUAUAGACGUUCUUAAUCACAUCACAGUCGUGAAAAGCAUAAUCUACAAAAUAAAAUGAUAACCAGCAUGUUUCCAUGUUUAUUCACUGUGUAUUUUCCAUACGUUUUUAUAUUAAUUACUAGCUCUGCAAUGUGCUAGAGGGGACUCUGCAGCUUACAAAGCAUAAAGAUAAACGAAUGUGUGAUACGAUUGUACAGUGUUAAGAUGAAUGUAAUUAUUUUUUAUUGAACUUUUUCAGAAAAAAAAUAUAUAUAUUAUAAACCAGAUAUAUUCUGUACACAGCAGAUGUAGUUGUACAUAAAUUAGAGAGUAAAUGAAAAAUAAAUCUAUAGGCAAAAGUAAUACUUAUGUUUCAAUUCAAAUAAGUCAGAUGAAUAUGUUUUAUAGACUGGUAGAAUGCUGUUUUUAACAAGUUUCAGCAUGAGAACUAAACCUACAUGCAAUACCCUUUAAAAAUAAAUGAAUAACAUAAUUUUUAUAUGAAACAUAAAUAUAACUACAGCAAACUCGCUGCCAUUUGAAGAAUGUUACAUUCCUGUUCAGUAUUUCUUUUAACUUUACCACUGAAACUAGUAAUUUGCAAGCCUUUAUGCAGAUCAUGUUGGGCGUUGCAAGAGGAAACCUACCAUGGCUCAGAGUCACCAAGAGUUCUGUUAAGAGGAAUGUUGAGGUUGGAAAGUUGAGGUGGAAUUCUCUUUGGGAUAAAAGGCAUUGUUCUGUGUGAGAAUGAAGAAUGUAAGCUAUUGCAGUUAUUUAUGUCGGAAUAAGAGAACAUACCAACAAUGUGCCCCUGGAUAAUUUCCUCAGAUUUACCCCCAAAAUAAUCAUCAUACCGUUACUAAAAAAUGCAUUCACGGUUACUUUCACAUGCAGUAGGCAUAGGCUGAUUAUAUAUAUAUAUAUGUAUAUAUAUAUAUAUAUAUAUAUAUAUAUAUAUAUAUAUAUAUAUAUAUAUAUAUAUAUAUAUAGUACUUCUUGGUAACCAAGAAGUAUUCUCUAUUUUUAUAGUAAUGGGACUUUGCCCUCAGGGUUUUAUUGGGACUUCGCCCUCAUAAAUAAAACUUGAACUUUUUAACCAGUCGAAAUGGCAAAUAAAUGUGAAGAGCUGUGAACCGUAAGUCUGUGUGCUUAGAAGCAUUUAAGAAAAAAAAAAGAAAAGGUUGGCUAUUAUCAAACUUUUGUUGUGUUCAACUUGUAAAUAGAUGUACAGUCUUUUAAUUUGUUGGGGAAAAAUGUGAAAAUAUACUUUGUGUGAAUCGUAGAAACACAAUAAAAAAAUAUAUAGUCCUAUACCUCAGUGACCAAAGCAGGUAAAAAGGUGGAUAUAGGAGGUGGUUUAUAUAUAUAUAUAUAUAUAUAUAUAAAAUUACAUUACCUAGAGCAACAAUUGUUUUAACAAAAAAAAAAAAAAAAAAGUUUGACUUUGUUAAAUUCUGUGUUACUGUUAAACGGUAACUUAAGGGCAAAGAUCUGGGUGUGAAAGUAAUCCGUCAAUUACAGCUUGGAAAUCUGCACUAGUAACAGUUUAAAUCUUCUCUAUCUUGUAUAUGAAACCUAGAUUACUAUACUGAAAAUAAUUAAGGGCAGAUCAUAUUUCACUGGUGUAUGGCUUUCAUUUACAGUCUGUUUCAUUUGUAUUUCAAUGCUAUAAUCCAAUGUAAAAAUGAUUGUGUAUUUGUUUUAAAAAUAGUUUUCUAUGACUUCUGUAUUAUACUUCUGUAGUAAAUGUUGAUCUUUUCACUCAUUGGAUUAAAUGUUGUGCUGUUAAGCCUUUCUGUGUGGUACUUUUGAAAACUUUAUUACAGUACUUACAUAAUGUUGAGAUAACGAAACACCAUUGUAAAAACUGGUUAGUUUAAUAAUUGUACGCCACUUCUAAUAAUGCAGAUGAAGCAGAGUAAUCAUACAAUAAAAUGCGCUUUUCCAUUAA